UUGCUUGGCUUCCGGACAACCCCUGUGUGUUUGCUGUUCACCCAGUGCAGGUAGGGGAAAGCUAGAAAAAGGGCUCUGGGGAGACUUGGAUGAGGGGGAAUCCCCAGCUGGAUCCCCGUGCGGGAAACCUAGGUUUGAGAAAGGCUCAAACUUGGCGCUACUGGGUGGUCCAGGAGGCACAGCUGGGCGGAGGUGCCGACCAGGACUGGAGAGGACGUUCCCAGGUCCCUGCUUGGCCAGGGCUGAAGGCACCUGUUGCCGACGCCCACAGGCAGGCGGUUCUACUAGCUUUUAAAGGAAAAUGAAAGUGAAAGAGGAAAGAGGACCAGGGCUGAGAUCUGAGGAGAGUACAGCGCCAUGAAGCCUGUGUCCCUGCUCGUGGUUGUGGCUUUGGGCCUGGCGAGCCGCGUCUCCGCCGGACCCGCGGUGAUCGAGUGCUGGUUAGUGGAGGACAAGCGCGGGGGCGGCCUCACCAAGAAGCCCGCCGCACUCGUCCUGCGCCACGGACCCGGGGGACCGCCGCCCCGGCCGGACCUCGACCCUAACCUCUACCUCAGCGUGCACGAUCCUGCGGGCGUCCUGCAAGCGGCCCUCAGGCGGUACCCCCGCGGCGCCCCCGCGCCACACUGCGAGAUGAGCCACUUCGUCCCGCUCCCAGCCUCUGCCACCUGGGCCAGUCGCCUGACCCCGGAGCCGGACUGCCCGCGGGCCCUGGACGGGGCCUGGCUAAUGGUCAGCAUGUCCAGCUCAGCCCUCAGCCUGUCCAGCCUUCUGCGACCUCAGCCAGAGCCUCAGCAGGAACCCGUCCUCAUCACCAUGGCAACAGCGGUACUGACUGUCCUCACGCAUACCCCCGUGCCUCGAAUCCUUCUGGGACAAGAUGCCAUGCUGGACUUGAGCUUUGCCUACAUGCCCCCCACCCCUGUGGCCUCGGGACCCCCUCCCUUUGGACUAGAGUGGCGACGCCAGCACCAGGGAAAGGGGUACCUGCUCUUGACCGCAACUCCUGGACUAAAUGGCCAGGUGCCAGCUGCCCAGGAGGGGGCAGUGGCAUUUGCUGCUUGGGAUGAUGAUGAGCCAGCAGGCCCCUGGACGGGAAACGGAACCUUCUUGCUGCCUGCAGUGCGGCCCUCUCAGGAGGGCAGCUACCUGGCCACUGUCCACCUGCCGUACCUGCAAGGACAGGUCACCCUGGAGCUGACUGUGUACAAGCCACCUACUGUGUCCCUGUCACCAGCCCCCCUCGUGUGGGCCGCCCCUGGGGAGGCACCCCCAGAGCUGCUGUGCCUCGUGUCCCACUUCUACCCUCCCAAGGACCUGGAGGUUGAGUGGGAGCUCCGGGGCGGCACGGAGGGUGGCUCACGCAAAGUUGAGGGGCAGAGCUCACUCUCUGCCCUGCGCCACCAUUCCGACGGCUCUGUGAGCCUCACGGCGCACCUGCGGCCACCUCCCAUCAGUGCGGAGCAGCAUGGGGCGCGCUAUGUCUGUCGCGUCCACCACCCCAGCCUGCCUCCAUCAGGGCGCAGAGCCGAGGUCACGCUGGAGGUGGCAGGCCUGUCGGGGCCCUCCCUCGAAGAUGGCAUCGGUCUGUUCCUGUCGGCUUUUCUCCUCCUUGGACUCAUCAAGGCGCUGGGUUCCCUCGCUGCCUACCUGUCCAGUGGCAAGGAUCCAGAGGAGAAGAAGACGCAGUGAGUACGUGCACCACCACCCCAUGGCAGCCUCCUUCAUCUCCGACGCAAACUACUGCAAGUGGCUUCCUCAUGAUGCCACCUCCCAUCUGCUGCGACACCCCCUCUUCCCCUUUUUGUAAGGCACACACCUUACUUGGAGCACUUGUGGAGUGCCAUCAUGGCGGUUCUCACCAUGCUUGGUCUCAGAACCCCUUGGAAGCAAUACUUACGGUACUUGAAAACGAGCUAUACAAGCACACAUUGCAUUGGCUGUGAGGGUGAUGGUGCCCAAAUGCAUUAGCUUUCUGGGAAACUCUACUGGACGCUCCAGAGUCAUACUGACAAAGCCAAGUGCAGCUUGCUAUUGGAAUGAAAGGCCCUUAGGAAAAAGAGGUGGAGCUCUUGGGACCCAGCCCACACUUGGUAAAUCAGUGUUCUGAGGUUACAUGCAUACUAACGGCUCCUGCCUGUGCAUUCCCCAAGGGCGUAGCCCCACCUCCAGGCCUAAUUGAUGACCCACAGCCCCACUGCUCACUACACUGAUGGCUGUGUCUCUCCUCCAAUGCUCAAGGCCUCAAGAUGCAGCCCCUUGGCUCCCAAUGCUGUGUUCCCUUGGCCUGGCCAGCCAUCACCCUCUCUGGGCUCCAGCUUCGGGCUUUCUUCUCAGACUGCCGUGUGUCCCUCUACUUAUGUGCUGAAGCCCAAAGUCCUAGUCUCUCCUUCCCGGCCGGUGGGUGGGCUCCUCCAAGGCAGGUGGGAGCCGGACACCCGCCAGAGAGCGCUCCCCCUAAGCGGCUGCGCGGAGCCUGAGGAAGCGGCCGAGGGGCGGGCGGCCGGGUCCUAAUCGUGUGGCAAUAAAGUCCUCUUCUGUGCUUCCAA